CGCAGCCGUACAGUAGAGGAAGACCGAAAGACUUCCGCGUACAGACGUUUAAUGUCUUUUCAGGUGAAAUAUGCCCCGUUACUGUGCUGUAAAACUUUGCAAAAAUCGUGGAGGAACACCCUCUAAAGAAAACAAGAGAAUAAGCUUUUACCCGUUCCCUUUGCAAGAUGAGGUCAGGCUGCAGAUAUGGGUAGACAACAUGAAGCGAGAAGAGUGGACCCCCAGCAGACACCAGUACCUGUGUAGUGAACAUUUCACUGAGGACUGCUUUGACCUGCGAUGGGGGAUCCGGUACCUGAAACACACGGCCUUCCCUACCAUCUUCCCUCACACACACGAUGAUGAAGAUAAAGCCGUUUCCACCAGUAAGAACACCACCAAGCCCAAAACCAGGAUAUGCGACGCCAACAUUGAACUCAUCCGCUCCCCCUCCCCUCCUGGCAAGAACACACCUCUGAUUCUGAAAAGGACAGUCAGAGUGGAACCAGUCGUGGUGAGUGUCACUCCUGUCCCUAACCCUGAGGAUGCCAGUGAAUCUACGGUCACUACACUGUUAUAUGAAAGACCGCUUGUUUCAGACACAGAGGCCUCUACUCCUAGUGAAAUGGUCCUGGGGGAGGUGAUGCUCUCAGAGACCCAGGCUGCAGUGUGUGAGGUGAACAGAGAACUAUCUGGAGACAGUGGUGGGAUACUGACAGCCUCAUGCUUGAACCUGUCUGGUGAGACACAGACACUGCAGCAGCUGGAUACACUGGACUCCACUGUGACUGUGCUCUGCUGUGAAUCCGUCGUCCCUGUCGGCCAUUUCUCUGAAUGUGAAGCCACGGUGGACGCCCUCCAUGUGGCCCUCGGUCAGACGUUUAGGAUCUUCCCUCUGGAGCUGCGGAGGGAGGAGUGGGUGGGAGACCGGGAGGAGGGCCCCGGGGAGGGGGGACACAUCUCUGUGUACGAGCACUCUUACUCCAAACAGGACACGGACCAGGAACAGCUGUGGAGGAAGACAGCCAGCCUCCACACCAAGAUCAUGGAGCUGGAUAGGAGAGAGGAAAUCACCAUGGCUAAAAUACGAUCGCUUGAGAGCGAGAUGGCACAUCUGAAGAAGAGCAACAUUGUUUUAAAAGAAAAGCAGAAAUUACUAGAGGACUAUAUUACUUCUGCGUUGCUCUGAUGUCUUAACCUUAGUGCUUUGUUUCCAUUAACAACGGUCUUUCUAAUGAGAUGUAUUUUGUAUAGUUAUUACAGGGUUAUUACAGUCUCAAUCACUUGUACUUAUUUAUUAUCUGUUUACAUGUUUCACCAGAGUUAUAUUACUUACUAGUAGUGAGGCCCUUCUCAAAGAGCGUUGGCCAAGGCUAGAAUCUGUUCUCCAGCUCGUUCUAGUCCUUCCGUUUGUCUCCGCUAGGUGGCACUGUGUCUUUAGGACAGGCCCUGGCACGAUGCACUACUGUUUCAUGUUUCGACAUCACUGACUGACAUAUUGUCAAUAUUGGUGGUGUAAUUCGGAGCGUUUUAAGGGAAGUGAUAUUCCCUAUCUUGUGCUACAGAUGGCUGCUUGUUUUAUUCAAUGGUGUAGUGUUCGUAUAUCAUAUCAAAUCUACUGUGCGGUCAUACGGAUCCUUACUUUGCUGGUUAUUAAUGUAUGAAAAGGUGUUUUUCACUAAUGUUUUAUAUUUAUUUGGAUAAUAACAAGCAGCCUACGGUACGUAAGUAUCCGAGUGACUGAGACGACUACACCGUUUUAGGUGCAUCUUCUUGGUUCUAAUCAAAUGGUGGAAUAGGAAAAGGUGCAGUGCUUUGCUCACUAUACAAAAUAUUUUUUUUUAUUCAAGCAACUAUUAAAAGCUUGACGUUUCGGGCCUUCGUCAAUUGCCUUAAAUAGACAGGUUCUGAUAAAUGAACCGGUUCUGGUGAAGACCAUUGAAGGCCGAAACGUCAAGCUUUUAAUACUUUCUGAAAUAAAAUCAUAUAUUUGAAUGUUAAACAAGCUAUGCACCUUUUUGAUGAUGUAACUGGUUGCUCCUUGACUCCCAUUGGUUGGGCCUCUACUUCUUUCCAUAAAGAAAUUAAAUGGUCAACUGAUUUCUCAUCACUGAAAAUGCAACACUGCGGUCCUCUUUCUUGAUGGAGAUGGCUUACAUUACCUGCAACCCUUUUAUCAAUGCACUGGCAAUGACCUCACACGUG